CGGCAACGUCCAUUCAAGAAUCACCUCUCAACACAAAACCAAUAAACUUAGCUAGGUAACCAAGGAAGGUAGCAGCAAGAGGAGGCAAUGGAGGGAAAGAGGACUACCGCUUUGAUGGUGAUCAUGUGCCUGGUCAUCUUGAGCCUCAAUGUUAACCCGGCCACCGCGGCACAGUGCAGCUGCUGCGUAUCCGCCCGGGCAAAAGCAUGUUGUUUUGCUUGUAUUACUGCAGGUGGCUCCGACUCACUCUGCAAGAACACUUGCUGUUUCCCAUGUGUUCUGUCCGAUUCUGUUGCUGCUAAGAUGGAAGAAAUGGCAGUGCUUGCUAAGAUGGAAGAACCUGGACAAGCCUAAAACGAUAUGAUUGCAUUGCUACCAGCAUGAAUGCCAUUCAUAGGCAUAUGUUGCUAUGCUUCAAGCUAUGGCCAAGUUAUGUUCAUGUUUAUCUCCAAUAAAUUGUUCACCAUAUGGGGCGACCUCUAGUCGAGGUCCAUCUGUUGGUCUCAA